AUGGCCUCGCCUCUGACGGCGGCACCUGAGGAGGGUGUCUCAGAUUCAACACCCCAGACGACGACGACGACGACGACGACGAGAACAUACGAAGACUACGAAGUGCGCACACACAUCAAACAAUCCAGCAGGUCGGGCAGCGAGACGUCGGAGCAAGGCUCGUCGCCGUUUGUGUCGACCGUCCACGAGACCAGCACGUCGGACCAGGAGAACGUGUCGCCUGCCAAGGCUGCUAGGCACAGCCGCGUCAUGUCCGGCACCGAACUAUCGCCCUUGAAGAUCCUCGCGGAGCAGAGGAGCUCAUCCCCCGAGGCUGCGGGGACGCGGAGCCCCAGGAAGAUGUCUCCGGAAAAGCGGUUUCCCGUCAAAGUUAGCAGCGGCGCGGUGCCAGAAGAGACGCCGAGGACGAUGCGGACGGCGCCCGAGCACAUGGUGACCAUGGAGCAGGCGAUGCGGGAGAACGAGGGGCUGAAGCAUGCGAUUGAGAUAUUCGAGGAUGAGCAGAGUGUCUUGGCAGAAGGAGACGAGGACGAAGCGCGGGACGGCGCUACGGCUACGCUCAGCGCUGACGCGUCCCGUGUCGAGAUCGACGAGGAGCCCUCGGGACCCGACGACACCAUGGUCAGCACCUUCAGCACCUUUUCAGCCGUGCCCAACCUCACCAUGUUCGCCAAGCUGGGACAGAGCCCCACGAGGCUCGCCAGCCUGGGCAUGGCUCCGGCAGCGAACCGCGAUGGCUCGCCCUUGCGGCCGGCCCAAGCGCCCACGUCUGCCGACCCGAGCAACACGACAAACCUCUUGAUGGACUUUACUGAGCAGAUGAGGUUCCCCCACAAGUCGCCCGCCAAGCGCGGCAACGCGUCCACCAUGCAUGCCGUUGCGGCGACGCCCAACCGCCAACUCGCCACCCUCAUCGACUUUGACAUACCGCCCAUGCCGACGCCGCGAAGUGUUCCCACCAUCACGCCCCGGGAGCUUGAGUCGCUCAAGUCGGGCUUCCUGUCCGAGGUUAGCUCUCUGAAGGCGUCGCUGAGCGGCAAGGAGGCGGAGGUGCAGUCGCUCAAGACGGCCGUCGGCGAUGCAGAGAAGCGGGUGGGCGAGUCCCUGGAGCAGCUGCGCGAGGCGCGCACCCUCAAGGAGCAGCUCGCGGUGGAAAAGGAGAACUGGGAGAGCAGGGGCCGCGAGAUGGAGAGCCUCCUCCGAAAGGUCCGCGAGGAAAUCGUCAUUGGCCAGAGAGAGCGCGACGAGCUGGAGCGCAAGCUCGAGGAGAGCGAGAGGCGCAGGGAGGCGGCCGAGAUCCUGCACCAGGAGGCCGAGAGCAAGAUGGCGGGCAUGCGGGCCGGCAAGGACAACGGCGGCGACAAGGCGUCGUCGUCGGCGUCGUCGCCCAGCAAGGCCAAGAGCUCGGGAGCCGACGUCGAGGUCGCCGUGGAGCGCGUGGCGCGCGAGCUGCACGCGCUAUACAAGAGCAAGCACGAGACCAAGGUAGCGGCGCUCAAGAAGUCGUACGAAGGGCGGUGGGAGAAGAAGGUGCGGGACCUCGAGGCGCGCAUCUCGGAGCUGUCAGACGACAACGACAAGCUACGCGCCGGGCGCGACUCGACCAUGACGAGGGUGGAGACCGGGGCCGGGGCGGCCGAGGCCGAAGAGCUCCGGGCGGGGGCCGUGCGGGACAGCGCUGCCAUCCAGGAGCUCCGGGCCGACGUGCAGCGGCUCGAAGCGGUGGAGCGGACGGUGAGGCGCGACAACGACGAGCUGCGACGCAUGUUGGAGCUGGAGAGGGUUGAAAAGGGGGAGCUGGUGCAGCUGGCGGAGGAGAUGAUGAGUAUGCAGAGCUUUGUCGGGGCCGCUUCGCAGCAGAGGCAGCAGCAGCAACAACAACAACAACAGCAGCAGCAGCAGCAGCGUCGACAGUCUCCUCCCCAGCCCGAAGGCGCUGCUCCCACCGCGGUGGCGCCGACGGCCAUGGGACCCCCAACGACAACGACAACGGCCAGGACGCCUCGCAUGCCGGCGACGGAGGGCCCGCGCAGCACCAUUGCCCGCGGCGUGUCGGGCCUGCGCGCGCCGGGAUCGGGCCUCCGGGCUCCCCACGAGCGGACCAAGAGCGGCGGGGCCGGGGGCGGGUUGCCGCGGCCGGGGACGGUGGCGGCGCGCAGCGGCAUCAUGAGCUCGAUUGAGCGGAUGGGCAACUACCGCGGCGGCGGCGGCGGCGGCGGUCGUGCCGAGUAG